AUGUGCUUUCUAACAACUGAAUCGCCCAGUGCCCUUCUGCAAACUAAAGAAGAUACUAAUUGUUUGGUUAAUGGUACUAAAACAGAAAUAAUUUACGAAGUGGAUCGCACAACAAAACCAAGGAAGAAUAAAAAUAGGCAAAGGGGAAACAAACCUAAUGAAAGGGAUAAGGAAAAACAUUCUAUGGGAGCCGUGUGUGAAGGGUAUACCAAUGAUUUUGUAAAAACAGGAUUAAUGGCAGUAAUUAAAAAAGGUUCUUGUGGAGAUAAGGUCAAAAAAUAUAGAGGUGGCUGCCGUAAGCAAUCCAAUCGAGAAAUAAUAAAGGGCCAUAUUGAGUCAGUUAAGCCAUCAGUGAGUCACUAG